AUGUCUCUGAGGCUGCUGCUGCUGCUGCUGCUGUGGGGAGGGCCCCUGGCUAAGAGUUCAGACUACAAGCUGCACAUACAGGAGUCCGUGACAGUGCAGGAGAGCCUGUGCGUGACCGUGCCAUGCACAUUUUCCUAUUCCAGAAUGACCUUUGGAUAUCUCUACCUGUCUUGGUUCAGGAAAGGAGUGGAUACAAAGGAUGGUCUUCCAGUGGCCACAAACAAACCAGCACAGAAGCUGCAGGGGAGGACCCAGGGCCGGUUCUUGCUGCCCAUGGGCCUCAACCACAACGACUGUUCCCUGAUCAUCAGAGAUGUCAACAGGAGGGACAGUGGGACAUACUUCCUUCAUAUACAAAAGGGCUUUAGUACACACUCAUAUUCAGAUAAGAUGCUCUCUCUGAAAGUGACAGCCCUGACCCACACACCCAGCAUCCUCAGCCAGGGGACCCUGCAGUCAGGCCACCCCAAGAAACUGACCUGCUUUGUGCCCUGGGCUUGUGAGGAGGGCACGCUCCCCAUCUUCUCCUGGGUGUCAGCUGCUCACACCUCCCUGGGCACCAGGACCAAUCUCUCCUCUGAGCUCACCCUCAUUCCACGGCCCCAGGAUCACGGCACCAACAUCACCUGCCAGGUGUAUUUUCCUCCCACUGGUGCGACUGUAAAGAAAACCACCAAGCUCAAUGUCACCUAUGCUCCACAGAACAUGGCCAUCAGCGUCUUCCAAGGAAACAGCACAGCCUUUGAGAUUCUGCAAACCACAUCCCUUUCCGUCUUGGAGGGUGAAACUCUGCGUCUGCGCUGCGUGGCUGACAGCAACCCCCCUGCACAACUGAGCUGGUUCCGGGGGUCCCCAGCCCUGAACGCCACCCCCAUCUCCAGCACUGAGAUCCUGGAGCUGCCUCGAGUGGGGACUGCAGAAGAAGGAGAGUUCACCUGCCAAGCUCAGCACUGGCUGGGCUCCCAAAGUGUCUCUCUCAGGCUCUCUGUGGUCUACCCCCCACAGCUGCUGGGACCCUCCUGCUCCUGGGAGGACCAGGGUCUGACCUGCAGCUGCUCCUCCCGAGCCCAGCCGGCCCCCUCCCUGCGCUGGCUGCUGGGGGAUGGGUUGCUGAAGGGGAACCACAGCGAAGCCUCCUACAGUGAGGUCACCUCCCACUCAGUGGGACCCUGGACCAACAGCUCCCUGAGCUUCAGCAGGGGACUCAGCGCCGGCCUCAGACUCAGUUGUGAGGCCAGGAAUGUCCACGGGGCCCAGAGCGCCUCUGCCCUGCUGCUGCCAGGUCAGGGGGACUCUCAGGGGCAGAGGCUUAGGGAGAGAGGAAUGGAAAAAGCCCUGAGCUCCUCCCAGCCCUCAGGCCCUAGGGUCCUGGAGCUGCCUCGGAUACAAAUGGACCAUGAAGGAAAAUUCAUUUCCAGAGCUCAGAGCCUGCAGGGCUCCCUUAGCGUCUCCCUGAGCCUCUCUGUGCAACUGCGAAUGGGGGCAUGA